AUGAACUACACAUUGACAGUUGGAGUUGGUUGUGCGAUUGAGAGGGACAAACAACACUUUGACUCUUCAUUUUGGGCAUCUAACAUGGAGAAGACUACGAAAUGGAAGACAACAACUUCUCUUUCAAAAANCAACUUUCGUAGCUCAGAUACUACGAAACAGAAAAAGAAAGUGAGAAGAACACGCUCACGUCAGAAAUUAUUCGUUGUUAGUGAAGAACUCCAAUUCCACGGUGUUUUGGAUGAAUUUUCUCCCAAUAUUACUAAAUAUUGGUGUCAGAGAUACAUUUUGUUCUCCAAAUUUGAUGAUGGUAUAAAAAUGGAUGAAGAAGGAUGGUAUUCUGUCACUCCAGAGCCUAUUGCCAAACAUCACGCAUUCCGUUGUGGUAGUGGGGUUGUGGUUGAUGGUUUCACCGGAGUUGGGGGAAAUGCCAUACAAUUUGCAAAAAGGAGUAAACAAGUUAUUGCAAUUGAUAUCGAUCCAAAGAAGAUUGACUAUGCACAACAUAAUGCGGCCAUCUAUGGAGUUGAUCACUGUAUAGAGUUCAUAAGGGGAGACUUUUUCCUUUUAGCGCCAAAGUUGAAGGCAGACACAAUCUUCUUGUCACCGCCUUGGGGUGGACCUGAUUAUGUCAAACGAAAGACAUAUGACAUCAAGACCAUGCUUAAGCCACAUAACGGACAAUUUCUUUUCAAUGUUGCAAAGGGAAGCACUUCCAGAAUUGUCAUGUUCCUCCCAAGGAAUGUUGAUAUCAACCAUUUGGCAGAGUUAUCUUUAUCUGUCAGUCCGCCAUGGUCACUUGAGGUGGAGAAGAACUUCCUCAAUGGCAAGUUGAAGGCAAUUACUGCCUACUUUAGCGAAGCGUCAGUGUAG